UCAGCUCUAACUAUCAUGACGAUUAUUUUGUUCUUUUCUUUCCGUGUUUUUCAAGUAACAGGAUGGCCCCAACUGCCAAGAACACCAAAGGUGAUACCAAGGCUGCGGCUAAGCCCGCCGAGAAGAAGGCAGCUCCAGCUGCCGCCAAGGGUAAGGUAGAGAAACCCAAGGCUGAGGCCGCCAAGCCCGCUGCGGCUGCCGCCAAGAAUGUUAAGAAGGCUCCUGAAGCCGCUAAGGACGUUAAGGCCGCCGCUGCUGCCAAGCCUGCAGCUGCCAAGCCCGCGGCCGCCAAGCCAGCUGCCGCCAAGCCCGCUGCUGCUAAGGAUGCCGCCAAGAAGGCACCCGCCGCCGCCACUGCUGCCAAGAAGGCUGCUCCCGCUAAGGCUGCUGCCCCUGCUGCUGGUAAGAAGGCCGCAACCACACCUGCGGCUGCCCCACCAGCAAAGAAGGCUGCUCCCGCUGCCGCUAAGAAGGCUGCUGCUCCAGUUGCUGCUGCCGUCGUCGCUGCCCCAGCUGCGGCCGCUCCUGCCAAGCCUGUGGCUAAGCCCGUCGCCAAGCCCAAGGCUAAGACGCUGACAGCUGCUCCCACCAAGGUUGCCAAGAAGAACGUGCUCCGCGGCAAGGGCAUGAAGAAGAAGAAGGUGUCGCUGCGCUUCACCAUCGAUUGCACCAACAUUGCUGAGGACAACAUCAUGGAUGUGGCCGAUUUCGAGAAAUACGUGAAGGCUCGCCUUAAGGUCAACGGCAAAGUGAACAAUCUCGGCAACAAUGUCACCUUCGAGCGCUCCAAGAUGAAGUUGCACGUGAGCUCCGAUGUGCAGUUCUCCAAGGCUUACCUUAAGUACCUCACCAAGAAGUACUUGAAGAAGAACAGUCUGCGUGAUUGGAUCCGUGUGGUGGCCAACGAGAAGGAUUCGUACGAGCUGCGUUACUUCAGAAUCAGCUCCAACGAUGAUGAGGACGAUGAUGCCGAGUAAAAAAUAAAUCACACACAAACUGUAAAAGAAACAUACGCGGUUUGCCAAGAUGAAAGUUAAUAAAGUUUUGUAAGCUUUAAA